AUGAGUACGCCAUUUCGCACAUGGGARCGUUAAUUUUGCGAAGAAGAUUCCCAAGAACAUAACUUGUUGCGUCGGGGGGGAAAGGGGAACAACCGAAAACGGCAAUCGGGAAGCUUCUCUGCGGCAAAAUUUCCGAUUUCUGAAGUUGCCAGCAUCGUCAAUCCGAGCCCAGGAGGAGUUCAUCAGAGCGCAGCUCAAGAGAUCGGCCCCCAAAUUUGGAUUUUCAAGACGAGAUCUAAUUUGAGAAGAUGAAUAUCUUUAGAUUAGCCGGCGAUAUGACCCACCUGGCCAGCGUUCUCGUCUUGCUCCUCAAGAUCCAUACCAUCAAAUCCUGUGCUGGUGUUUCUUUGAAGACUCAAGAGCUAUAUGCAAUUGUUUUUACCACCCGCUAUUUGGAUAUCUUUACCGACUUCAUAUCUCUAUAUAAUACGGUCAUGAAGUUGAUAUUCUUGGGGAGUUCAUAUUCAAUUAUUUGGUACAUUAGACGCCACAAGAUUGUCCGUCGUUCAUAUGACAAGAACCAAGAUACUUUCCGCCAUCUUUUCCUCAUCAUACCUUGUUUUGUCUUGGCCCUACUUAUCAAUGAAAAAUUUACUUUCAAGGAGGUCAUGUGGACAUUUUCUUUGUACUUGGAAGCUGUUGCUAUACUCCCUCAGCUUGUACUUCUACAACGAACAAAGAAUAUUGACAAUUUGACUGGGCAAUACGURUUUCUUCUUGGUGCGUACCGAGCUUUGUACAUUGUCAACUGGGUCUAUCGAUACUUCACAGAGCCUCACUUUGUCCACUGGAUWACUUGGAUUUCAGGGAUCGUGCAAACGUUACUUUACGCUGACUUCUUCUAUUAUUAUUUUCAGAGUUGGAAGAACAACCAAAAACUCCAGUUGCCAGCUUAAGAACAACUUCUAAGGAUAUGUAUGCAAGAGAAGUUACUUCACUCAUGAUACUCAGCUCAGUUGUAUUUGUUUUUUAGUUCAAAAUUACCACAAAAUCCUGAUCUUUCUUGAACCCGUACGCAUAUUUUUCGCUAUGUUUAGACGGUUUUUGGGAGUGCGGGUGCUUUAYUACUKUACUCAUAGAGGAUACAUGCCUGUAAGUUUGUCUUGUAAAGAUUCUCAAUCUCCAGCCACAAGGGGAAACGCCCUAGCAUUUUUUCAAAAGCAAUUUUUAGAAGUUUUGUGCUGUCUUUGAGAAGGGGUUUAGAUGCUGUAGUGCUGCUCUAUCUAUUUACAUGUUAUAAUGAGAUUACAUUGACAAUUCAUCA